AGAAGGAAAGAUCAUGAUUUCUUCUCAAACUUAACUACCAAAGGAGAGAGAUGAUAGCCUGCCGUAAUGCUGUUUUUCUUUACACCUGGGCCUGAGAAACUUUUUAAAUCUCUUCAAAAAUGUUGCCACAGACGAGGACCGUAGGCUAAACAACAUUCCUUCCAGGUCAUGAUCAGCUCAAUGUAUGUGUCCUCUCAGGGCCAUACUUCAGCCCAUGGCCACGACAGGACCUCGUCGAAAACAUAUCUAAGGGAAGACUGGGACAAAAAAGGGGAUGUCACAAAAAAGGUUGUGAUCAACGUUGGUGGCAUGCGUCAUGAAACUUACAUGAGCACUCUCAAGAGCUUGCCUGGUACCCGUUUGGCUAAACUGAUGGAUCAUGACCCCAGUGGUGACCCUGAAUUCUUCUUCGACAGACAUCCAGGUGUUUUCUCCAAUGUUCUGAAUUAUUACAGAACCGGUAAGCUUCACUGUCCAAAAGAUGUCUGCGGUCUCCUUUUUGAAGAGGAGUUGGCUUUUUGGGGGGUCGACAAGGCGGACGUGGAACCUUGUUGCUGGAUAACAUUCUGCCAACAUAGGGAUGCCAAAGAGGCCCUUGCAGCGUUCGGGCCAUCUGACUCAAAUGAGCACCACAAUGAAGAGUUUCCAGAGUCAUUCGAUGUUGAGGACAACCCAGCUGAUUCUCAGAGCUGCUUCAAAAGGUGGAAACCAAAAAUAUGGGCUUUAUUUGACGACCCGUUCUCAUCUAAGACUGCCAAGGUCAUUGCGUUUGCUUCCCUCUUCUUCAUCCUCCUUUCCAUCACAGCUUUCUGUCUGGAGACACAUGAGAGCUUCCACACGUUAGAGCAACGCACAGAGCUGGUCAUAGAUGGGAACCACACCGAAGAGGUGACGUACUAUGAGAGAGUGACCAAACCUACUCUGACUGUGGUGGAGGGCGUCUGUGUGGUGUGGUUCAUAUUUGAGUUCCUGGUCCGUUUCACCUGCUGCUCCAACAUACUGCUGUUUGUGAAGAACAUACUAAACAUCAUUGACUUUGUGGCCAUCCUGCCCUUCUUCUUGGAUGUGGGGCUGAGUGGGAAUGCCCUGGGCUUCCUGCGUGUGCUGAACUUUGUGAGGAUCCUGAGGAUCUUUAAGCUGAUGCGCCACAUGGUGGGAGUGCGUGUGUUAGUCUAUACACUAAAGGCCAGCGUUCAAGAGUUCUGCCUCCUUGCUGUCUUCUUUGGAAUUGGAAUGCUAAUUUUCAGCACCCUGGAAUUCUACGCAGAGCGAGUACAUGGUGACCCUGAAGACCCAACUUUGACUGCGCACACCAAUUUUAAGAACAUCCCCAUAGGCUUCUGGUGGGCGGUGGUUACCAUGACAACCCUGGGCUAUGGGGACAUGUACCCGGAGACCUGUUCCGGCAUGGUAAUUGGAGCCCUGUGUGCUCUGGCAGGUAUUCUGACCAUAGCCAUGCCUGUCCCAGUCAUAGUCAAUAACUUCCGCCUGUACUACUCCCUGGCCAUGGCCCAACAAAAGCUCCCAAAGAAGAAGAAGAAGCAACACCUGCCCCUGUCUGGAGCGCUUAGCCAGCCAUCCCCAAGUGGGGAGCAGAUAGAAUUAUGCCUGUUAUCAGGGGAGCGCUCCUGUUCAGAAUGAAUCCCGGCAUUAGUCUGGCUAUGAGACCCUGGAUGUAGAGACUGGAUCCUGAUUGUACCAUUACACCAGAUUGGGACAUUAUAGCUAUGUUAUACCAUGAAUAACAUUAUAACAUUUUACUAUCUUUAUAGCCCAAAGGUCAAACAAUAUUUGUUUGUGUGUAUUCAAGGUACUAUGUAUUAUUGGUUUAUUCGGAUCCCCAUUAGCUUUUGCAGAAGCAGCAGCUAUUCUUCCUGGGGUCCACACAAAAACAUAAAACACAACAAGUAACAAAACACUGAUGUACUGAUAGACAAGAACAGUCACACAAAUGUAAAAUGAUACAAUGUCAAGUUGUCUAGGUGUUAUAAUUAUUUCAGCUCUGCCCAAACUUGAAAACGGCUUGCUCAACCCGUGAAGGAUGCAAAGGGACAACUCAAUUCCUUUCCAGUGUUUUAUUAUGGUUUUGAUGCCAUUUGUUGAAUAUGUUGAAACAGUUGAUUUGUUGAAUAGAGUAGUUGAAUGACAGAGGAAUAAGGAAUAGGAAUAUGGAAUAGGAAUAGCAAUAGCAAUAGGUUGAUAACCUUAAACAGAGAAUAAACAUGCAUUAUUUUACACUAAACAAUGCAUGACACAGCAACAAAGCAUGGCUUUGAAUAAAGCAAACGUUUAAACAAUUUAAUCUAGCACUUCUAGCAAUUACUUCUGCAGUCAGAAAAUAUCCACAACAAAAGUCAACACUCCUACCAGAGUUAAACAUGUAAAUUGUGCUAAGCACUGGAUGCAACAUAAUAAAUAAUUCCAAUGAAACAUUA